GCUGCCUGUCCAGUGCGCAUGCGUGGAACAUUCUUGCCCUUCAGCGUCGCCGUGUGUAGAAUGAGAGCUCGGUUUGUCGACCACAUGUUGUCGGACAGAUAACUUCGAACAAGUUUAGAUAAAUCCUCUUCUAAGCAACGUUUCAUGGAACAUUCUGACUUGGAUCUCUCAGACGAACCAAUGACAGGAAUGGUUGAUACGAAUACCCCCGACAAUGGGGACUCUACUGCUAUGGAAGGAGCAGGAGAUGGUUUCAUUUCUUACCUUCCUAAUUUAACCCAAGAUGCUCAGUGGACAAUGGACCAAGUACCUGAUACACUUGCUGACCUUGCAAACCAACAGAACUUAGACCAAGACCAUGUGCAACAGGCUGCUGCAGUUGAGCAGUUCUCAGUGGAUGGGAAUUCAAAAUCAGUGGAGCAGAAGUCUGGUAUUUCUGAAGACAGUGCCACAGAACAGCCCGAAAACUCUGCACAUGAUGUUGGAAGUCAAUUAGAAACGACUGAACAGACAGCAGAUAGCCCUGAUUUGAAAAAACUGAGCUCGCAAAAGCAGGCUGAGUCAGGCAAUUCAGAAAGUCCUGCCAAUAUGGAGCUUGAGGAUGCCUCCAAAGAGGGAAGUGAGGAUGGAUCAGGUGAUGUGUCUGUGCAAAAGCCUUCCCUUCCUUCUGAAUUUGAGAGGCUUUAUAAAGUAGUUGAGGAUAACCCUGAAGAUUUUAAUGGAUGGGUCUAUCUUCUGCAGUAUGUGGAACAAGAGAACCACCUGUUGGCUUCAAGAAAGGCAUUUGAUGCCUUUUUCCUACGCUAUCCAUACUGUUAUGGUUACUGGAAGAAAUAUGCAGAUAUUGAGAAGAAGCAUGGUUGCAUACAGAUGGCGGAUGAGGUAUACCGUAGAGGUUUGCAGGCCAUCCCACUAAGUGUUGACCUGUGGCUUCAUUAUAUAGCUUUUCUAAGGGAGAACCAGGACACCAGUGAUGGAGAAGCUGAAAACCGCAUACGAGCUGCUUAUGAGCAUGCAGUCCUUGCUGCGGGUACCGACUUCCGGUCAGACCGUCUGUGGGAAGCUUAUAUUAACUGGGAAACUGAACAAGAAAAGCUGGCCAAUGUUACAGCUGUCUAUGACCGUAUCCUGGCUAUUCCUACUCAGCUGUACUCCCAGCACUUUCAGAGGUUCAAAGAUCAUGUGCAAAACAAUAAUCCCAAGCACUUCCUGUCUGAAGAGGAGUUUGUUCAGCUGAGGUUGGAGCUUGCUGCUGCCAAUAAGCCCACUGGCGAUGGAGAGGAAGAAACCCCCAGUGAGGAGCUUCCACCAGGCACCGAAGACCUUCCUGACCCUGCAAAGAGAGUGACAGAGAUUGAGAACAUGCGGCACAAGGUGAUUGAGGCACGCCAAGAGAUCUUCAACCACAAUGAGCAUGAAGUCAGCAAGCGUUGGGCCUUUGAGGAAGGGAUCAAGCGUCCAUAUUUCCACGUAAAAGCCUUGGAGAAGACACAGCUCAGCAACUGGAGGGAGUACCUGGACUUUGAACUGGAGAAUGGGACACCAGAGCGCGUAGUGGUUCUGUUUGAGCGCUGCCUGAUUGCCUGUGCCCUUUACGAGGAGUUUUGGAUAAAGUAUGCCAAGUACUUAGAGAGCUACAGCACAGAGGGAGUGAGACAUGUGUACAAGAAAGCAUGCACCAUCCACCUACCCAAGAAACCUACAAUCCAUCUUCUGUGGGCAGCUUUUGAGGAGCAACAGGGGAACAUUGAGGAGGCACGAGGAAUCCUGAAAAGUCUAGAGGAGGCAGUUCCAGGCUUGGCCAUGGUGAGACUACGUCGGGUGAGCCUAGAGCGUCGACAUGGGAACUUGGAUGAAGCUGAGGCACUACUGCGGGAUGCCAUGAAGAAUGGAAAAAAUGCAACCGAAUCAUCUUUCUACUCUGUGAAACUAGCUAGACAGCUCCUCAAAGUGCACAGAAGCGUUGGCAAGGCUAGAAAAGUACUGCUAGAGGCCAUCGAAAAAGAUGAGACCAAUCCUAAGCUGUACUUGAACCUGCUAGAGCUAGAGUACAGUGGGGAUGUGCAGCAGAAUGAAACAGAGAUCCUGGCAUGCUUUGAUCGAGCUCUCAACAGCCCAAUGCCUUUGGAUUCACGUGUGACUUCUCAACGGAAAGUGGAGUUUCUUGAGGACUUUGGCAGUGACAUAAACACGCUUGUGACUGCAUAUGAUCAUCAUCAGGCACUUCUGAAAGAACAAGAAUCAACAAAGAGAAAAGCAGAGAAUGGGUCUCAAGAACCAGAUUCAAAGAGACAGCGUAUGGAUGAUGGCUCAGCAGCGUCAGGCCAGAUGGUGCCAGACAUGCAGGCCAACCAUGGAGCAUACAACUAUAACAACUGGUAUCAGCAAUACAACUCAUGGGGAACUCAAAACUCCUGGGGCCAGUACAGCCAGUAUCAGUAUAACCAGUACUACCCCCCACCCCCCACAUGAUGACCUGAAGUAUGAUGGAACUCUGAUGUCCUUUUUAUCCAUUCUUACUGAUUCUCAUUGACAUUCUCAGUCGUUUGACAGUUUACUUUGUUUUUGAGCAUGUGUGUUGCAAAUGAGUUUUCCUUCUGUGGAAAAAGUGCAAACAAGUUUAAUUUUAGCUUGAUUUAUAGUGUGGUCUCUUUUUGGAAAUUUAGUAGUUUGAAAGAUUUGUAUGGAAGAACCUGAAAUCUUUAAUUCUUUAACCUUAUCUCUGCUCUCCUAAAUGUGAUGUCAUCUUGUUUUCAGAGCCAAAAGUGAAAUGAAGGCUUUUUAUUUUGACUUUUGAAUUUCAUAAUAAAGAGAUUGGUAUCCUUGA